AUGCACUCACCUCCUAGAGAACAGCCUGCCAUCAUGCUCUGGAAACUGGUUGAAAAUGUCAAGUAUGAAGAUAUCUAUGAGGACCGGCAUGAUGGAGUGCCCAGCCACAGUUCCAGGCUGUCCCAGCUGGGAUCCGUCUCGCAGGGACCCUACUCCAGCGCUCCUCCGCUCUCUCACACCCCAUCCUCGGAUUUCCAGCCGCCUUAUUUCCCACCCCCCUACCAGCCUCUUCCUUACCACCAAAGCCAGGACCCUUACUCCCAUGUCAAUGACCCCUACUCCCUAAACCCCUUGCAUCAGCCCCAGCAGCACCCCUGGGGACAGAGGCAGAGGCAAGAGGUGGGAUCAGAAACCGGGUCACUGCUGCCACAGCCUCGGGCCGCCCUGCCCCAGCUCUCGGGACUGGACCCCAGGCGGGACUACCACUCAGUUCGGAGGCCAGAUGUCCUCCUGCACUCAGCUCACCAUGGCCUUGACUCCGGCAUGGGGGACAGCCUUUCUCUGCAUGGCAUCGGACACCCCGGCAUGGAGGAGGUCCAGUCAGUUGAAGAUGCCAAUAACAGCGGUAUGAACUUAUUGGACCAGUCUGUCAUUAAAAAAGUUCCGGUUCCUCCAAAAUCUGUUACUUCUUUGAUGAUGAAUAAGGAUGGUUUCCUGGGUGGAAUUUCAGUCAAUACCGGAGAGGUGUUUUGCUCUGUACCUGGCCGCUUGUCUUUGCUUAGCUCAACUUCAAAGUAUAAAGUAACUGUGGGAGAAGUUCAAAGACGCCUUUCCCCUCCAGAGUGUCUGAACGCGUCCCUCCUAGGAGGAGUGCUCAGAAGAGCCAAAUCGAAAAACGGGGGGAGAUCUUUGCGAGAAAGGCUAGAAAAAAUCGGUUUGAAUUUACCAGCCGGCAGGCGUAAGGCCGCAAAUGUCACUUUACUCACCUCCCUGGUGGAAGGUGAGGCCGUUCAUUUAGCUCGGGAUUUUGGGUACAUCUGUGAAACGGAGUUCCCAGCCAAAGCUGUUUCUGAGUACCUGAACAGACAGCACACGGACCCCAGCGACCUCCACUCCAGGAAAAACAUGCUGCUUGCUACAAAGCAACUUUGUAAAGAAUUUACAGAUCUCUUGGCCCAGGACAGGACGCCCAUUGGAAACAGCCGGCCCACCCCAAUUUUGGAACCGGGCAUUCAGAGCUGCUUGACUCACUUCAGCCUCAUCACUCACGGCUUUGGGGCCCCCGCUAUCUGCGCUGCCCUCACGGCCCUCCAAAACUACCUGACUGAAGCUCUCAAAGGCAUGGACAAGAUGUUCUUGAACAACAACACUGCUAACAGGCACACAUCUGGCGAAGGACCAGGUAGUAAAACUGGAGACAAGGAAGAGAAACACAGAAAAUGAGAG